AUGGCUACUUCUGAUACACAGCCACGCUCUCUUUCACACACCACCGAAUGGGGUUAUACAAAUGAGCAUUAUACUGUAGGAUGGAUUUGUGCUCUUCACAUCGAGUUGGCAGCUUCCAAGGAAAUGUUACCUAAGAGGCAUCCAGGCCUCCCACAGGACGAGAAGGAUGCAAAUACCUAUACGCUAGAACAGAUUGGACCGCAUAAUGUUGUACUUGCUUGUCUACCAUCGGGAACAACAGGUACACAUGCUGCGGCUACAGCAGCAAAUGACCUACUCCGCAGCUUUCCGAAAAUCCGCUUUGGCUUGAUGGUCGGCGUCGGAGGUGGAGCGCCAGCCACCCCAAGUGACGAUCCGUCUGAAGACCUCCGUCUUGGGGAUGUAGUAGGGGGCGUUUUACAAUAUGACUUCGGCAAAACCAUUAAGGAGGGCAAAUUUACUCAAACAGGCGUAUUGAACAAACCGCCUAUCGUAUUGAGAGCCGCGGUCUCGCAACUACGCGCACAACACGAAACUGAGGAGAGCGCAGUCCGUCAGCAUGUUUUGCAGAUGCUGAAAUCGAAACCAAAGAUGAUGCGGAAGUACAAGUAUCAAGGCCCCGAGGAUGAUCAGCUGUUCGAAUCGGAUUACAAUCACGAUGAAUCAGGCAAAGGCUGUGAAAUCUGCGACAAGGAGCGAUUGUCAAGUCGAAAGCCCCGAGACACGGAAGAUCCAGUCAUCCAUUACGGUCUUAUUGGCUCAGCAAAUCAGGUUAUGAGGCAUGGUGCUACCCGAGAAAUGCUCCGCCAGGAGAAGGGAAUACUUUGCUUUGAGACGGAGGCGGCUGGACUCAUGGACAAUUUUCCGUGUCUUAUCAUACGAGGGAUCUGCGACUAUUCAGACACUCAUAAGAAUAAGCGCUGGCAGCCGCAAGAAGAGCAAACUACUGAAAGACUGCUUGGCGUGCUUCUUCGACAAUUUCUUGGGCAAUGCGCUUCCGUUCCGGAGUCAGUCAAGACGCUGUAUAACAACCAUAGGAGCACGGGAACACAUCUCUCCCUCGAGGGAAUACUUCACACCCUAUCUACAAUUAUUGGCAAUCAAGACCGAGCAUACCUAGUCAUCGAUGCCCUGGACGAAUGUCCGGACAGCAGCCGCGAACAUCUACUGACCAAAAUUCGGGAACUACAAAAGAAUACCCAUGCAAAGGUUAUGGCAACAUCCCGCCCUGUCGACGAUAUCGAAAGAUGGUUUGCGGGAGACACAAAGCUAAGAAUUCAGGCAGACUCAGCAGACGUGGGACGCUAUUUGGAUGACCAUCGGCCGACUCUGUCUGAGUGCGUUAGAGAAGACGAUGACUUGUGGAACGAAAUCAAAACAGAAAUUGUCAAGGCAGCGGAUGGAAUAGAUUGGCGAUCGAGAGCUAAAGCGGCCGACCCUUCGCUAGGGGAAGUAAUCUCUCUUUGUGCAGGGCUCGUCACACUCAAUAAGGAGAGCAACGUUGUGCAGCUCGCCCACUACACCGCUCAGCAGUAUUUCGAGGACGCUCAGCAACAGCUGAGGCUAAGCUGGAUUCGCACAGCACAGAAGGAUAUUGCAGCGACUUGUAUCACUUAUCUAUCAUUUGACGUCUUUGAGGCCGGAUCCUGUCCAACUUGUGAAGAUUUCCAGGCCCGGCUACAAAAUAAUCCCCUUUACGACUGUGCCGCACGAAAUUGGGGACAUGAUGCUUCCACGGUUCCCUUAGAGGAACAGUUGAUUAUUGGUCUCCUUGGGAGCGAGGCCAAGGUAUCCGCCUGUAGCCAGGCAUUGAUGGCUCCUGGAAGCUACUUAUUCAAAGGGCCACGGACUGAAAUGACAGCUGCACACCUUGCCGCCUACUUUGGGCUGAGCGGUGUAAUAACCAUCUUGUUUAAGAAUAAUUAUCCUCUGGAUUGUGAGGAUAGUUACAGACGGACGCCGCUGUCGUGGGCCGCCCAGGGGGGCCACGAGGCCGCGGUGAAGCUGCUGCUCAAGAAGGGCGCCUCCGUUGGAACCAAAGACGAGUGCUAUCGGACGCCCCUAUGGUGGGCGAGCUGGUCCGGGCACGAGGGUAUCGUCAGGCUGCUUCUCGAGAAUGGGGCCAAUGUCCAGUCCCAGGACAAGUAUGGCAGUACACCACUGUCAUUUGCUGCCGAGAUGAGGCACGAGGCCGUGGCUCAGCUGCUGCUCGACUACGGCGCCGACGUUGAGUCUAAGGACAGGUACGGUCGGACGCUGCUAUUAUGUGCCGCCGGUAAGACGGGUAUGAAGGCCGUAGUCAAGCUGCUACUUAACUACGGCGCUGAUAUUGCGGCCAAGGACGGAGACGGUCGGACGCCGUUAUUACAUGCCACCAGAGGGGGCCAUACGGCCGUGGUGAAGCUGCUGCUUGAGCAGGGCGCCGAUGUUGAGACGAAGGACGGUGACGUUGGCCGGACGCCGCUAUCGUGGGCCGCCGAGAGCGGUCACGAGGCCGUGGUAAAGCUGCUGCUCGAUUACGGCGCCAACAUUGAGGCGAAGGAUAAUCAACAUAACCAGACACCGCUAUCACGGGCCGCUGGCAAGGGCCACGAGGCUGUCGUGAAGCUGCUACGACAACAUUCCCGAUGA